AUGCCGCGGGUGGCUUCGCUGCUGCUGCUGCUGCAGCUGGCGGCAGCGCUGCUGCCGGCGGGGAGCGACCCCGAACUCUCCCGGCGCCGCCGAGCAGAGCUGCGGGGCCUGGCCCGGGGCAAGGUGGAGACCUGCGGCGGGUGACGGCUGAACCGCCUGAGGGAGGUGAAGGCUUUCGUCACCCAGGACAUCCCCCUCUACCAUAACCUGGAGAUGAAACACCUGCCCGGUGCUGACCCUGAGCUUGUGCUCCUCAGCCACCGAUACGAGGAGCUGGAGAGAAUCCCUCUGAGCGACAUGACCCGGGAGGAGAUCAAUCACCUAGUGCAGGAGCUGGGCUUCUACCGCAAGGAGGCGCCCGACGCCCCCGUGCCUGAGGAGUUCCAGUUUGCCCCUGCCAGGCCUCUGCCCACCCUCCCACCUGCCCGAGCCCCCGGUGCUGACAGCAGGACCCCACCUGAACAGGAGAAGGAAGAACACCCAGACCUGUAGCGAGGGUUGCUGCUGCCAGUGCCCAG